AUGUCGCCAAGGGCACCCUCACCGCCGCCCCGCGCCUCCAUCUGCACGGACGGUGCCCGCAAAGACUGCUUCAGCGGAGUGCUUCCUGCAGCAGGACUUGGAGUGGUGCCCACAAAGCAAAGCAUUGCCGAGCAGGCAAGGGCCAAGAGCACGCAAGCAAGCACACGUGAGGCGGAGCGAGCCAUGUUGCAAGUUUUGCCACACAGAGAGCUGCACAGGAGUGGCCUUAAAAGAGCUCAAGCCGAAGCCAAAAUGAUCACGGAGUCCGACGUGAAUACAAACCCGAAGAGCAACACACUGACACUCAUGUAUGUUUUGAACUGGGAAUUCUCAUGCAAACAUCCAGGUAUCUCACAUCCUGUGGUGCUCGCAUGUGAUCAAAGCCACAAAUAA